UUAUAUCCUACCGUAGUCUAUAAUCGGUCAUAUUGUCAAUUCGUUCGCUUUUUUUGGUUGUAUUUAUCUCGUGAAUAAACUCCGCUCUGACGUCACUUUUCACAUUUCACAGCGUACAAGUAUCAGCUUCACUUGAAAUCAACUCGUUUCAAAAAAAUGAGAUUCCUAAAGGUAUGUAUGAUUAAAAAUAUAUAAUAAUUUCAUAAAAGUGCCAUUUUCCUUAACCUCUUUUGAAAACAAUUAUCAACAGGUCUAAAAUCGUAUUUAUAGUGAGAAACAAACCCAGUCCCGGCAUCCACCUUUUUGUUUACAUAUUUUUCCAGGUCAGAACUCAUAUCCGUUUCCUGUAAGGCCAACCAAAUUGUUUUUUACGUCUUUUCAAUAUAGCAAGCACCUUACAUUAUUUUAUUAAUUUUACGGGAAAAUAUGUCAAACUGAGAUGAGAAAAACACAAAUUACAACCAAAUCAAUGGUGGAAUGUGCAUAUUAAAACUAACAAUAAAAUACUUGAAAUAGGAAACAUCAGCUUGUAAAACGUAAACACAAGGUAGAUAAUAUUUCAAAAAACAAAAAUAAUUGCAUUAAGAACAAUUUCUUUAGUUUUAUAAAGUAAAUUUGACCUAGAUACAUAUCAAAUGUUUUACUGAAUUUUUCUUCUUUCUGUUUUUUAAACACAAAUGGGUCAGUAUAAUUAAUAACUUUUUGUAUUAUAUUUGUAGAUCAAUCAAGUUCAUCAACCAGGGGGGAAAGCCAAAUACAGGACCUAUUCUCCAACUGCAUUAACACGUGCAUAUUCAGCAAUAAUGGUUGAUAAACUAUCUAUCCAUAGAGCUUCAAAGUCUUAUGGUGUACCAUUUCAAACUCUUAGGGAUAGGGUAACUGGAAAUGUAGAUCCUGAGUGUCGUACUAUGGGCAAUGCACCUUUUUUUACAUUAGAUGAAGAAAGCCGGUUGGUGAUACAUUUGAAGGAAAUGGCUCAACUUGGAUAUGGAUAUAACAGACAGGAAGUUGUGGAUAUAGCUACUGACUAUGCAGUUAUGCUUGACAAGAAAACUAAAAAUGAUAAACCUCUAACUCUUACCUGGUUCUAUGGAAUGCUUGGAAGAUGGCCAGAUCUCAAAGUUGUAAAACCAAGGGCAUUGGAGGUUGCAAGAGCAAAAGCUGCCAACAAGGAGAACAUUACGAAGUACUUUAAUGAACUCGAGAAAGCCCUACUGAAAUAUGAUCUUAUGGACAAACCCCAUCUGAUUUACAAUGUUGAUGAGAAGGGUGUAACCAUCAACCACAACCCAUCAAAGGUAGUGUCAGGAGUGGAGACAUCAUCACAGGAGGUUACAUCUGGAAAGGGUGACACUGUGACUAUCUUGGGGUGUGGAAAUGCAAUUGGCAAUGCAUUACCCCCUUACUUUGUCUUCCCAGGACAGAGAAUGAAUGAUCAGUUGCUAGAGGGGUCUACACCAGGAACAGUUGGCACUGUCUCUAAGACCGGUUGGUCUAUUUCAGAACUGUUCAUGGAUUUCCUCAGUAAUCAUUUCAAGAAAUUUGUUCCAGGUAAUGGGCAUGUGAUGUUAUUGUUAGAUGGACAUAAAUCUCAUGUUGCUGUUAGCACAAUUAAAUGGGCAAAGCGUCAUAACAUUGUUAUACAGUUACUUCCAGCACACACCAGCCAUCUUUUGCAACCGUUGGAUGUAGGUUGUUAUGGUCCUCUGCAAAAUAUAUACAACAGCCUUUGUCAUAGAACUAUCAGAACAAAACAAUGUGCACUAACUCGUUAUGAUGUUUGUAGCAUGGCAUGCAAAGCUUACGGAAAUGCCUUAUCAGCCAGUAAUUUGCAGUCAGCUUUUAGAAAAACAGGAAUUUUUCCGUUCACAAAAGACAUUAUCAAUGACUUACCACUGACACCAUCAGAGGCAUUUAUAAGUGACAUUGAAAACCAUCCUGAGAACACUGUACUAGAGACUGUAGAAGCUGUUAACAGUGCGGUAGUUGUGAGAGAGAAUGAGAAUGACAGUGUGGUGAUUGAAAGAGAGGAAGUUGAGAGUGAUAAGGAGAAUGUGGGUGUUCUGAGGGAAGGAGAGAUUGGUUUGGAGGUAGCUAGGAGUGUUGUGAGUAAUAGAGAGGAAGUUGAGAGUGACAAGGAGAAUGAGAGUGUUGUGAGUGUGAGUGGUAGAAUGAUAGAUGUAGUUGGAAGAGAUGAAGGGAGUAAGAGUGAUUUUUUUGUAAAGAAGGUAGUGGCAAUGAAAAGAGUGAAAGGGGAGAAAAAAAAGAAGAGGAAUGUGUUAAGCAGGGUUAUUAGUGGAAAGACUGUGACAGAGGAUGAUGUGUUAGAGAGGGUAAAAGAGCAUGUGAGUAAGAAUCCUGGGAAGAAAGCAAGUGAUAGUAGUGUGAAUAAAAGCUGUGCAAAAAGUAGUAAGAAAGGCCAGAAUGGAUCUGUGGGGUGUAAGAGGAAGAGAGAGCAAGAGAAGAAAAAAAUUGUAAAAUGUAGCAAGAGUGAUUCACAGAAGCCAGGAACGAGUGGAGUGGGUAAAUGUGUAAGUGAGUGGGCAAUAGACAGUGAGAGUGAGAGUGAGUCUGAAAUAAGAGAGGAUGAAAAGUGCUGUGUAUGUAAGAAGUUUGUUCCAGAGCAGGUGAGACAGAGUAGUAGUUUGAUAUUUACUAAGUGGGCACAAUGUGAGAAGUGUGAGAGGUGGGUGCAUCUUAUUUAUUGUACAAAAGUGAGAGUUAUUAGAAGGGGUGACAGUUUCAUGUGUGUGUUCUGUGAGAAAGGUGUAGAGUAAUUGGUAAAUAAAAAUAAAAAUCAU